UGCGUCGGCGGCAGCCGUCCAGCCAGCAGCCACUCACUCCUCGCCCAGAGCUAUGGACGCGGCCGGCGCUUCGCAGUGGGCGGCGCAGGCCGGCAGCGCGUGCCCCGUGGGCGGCGGCGCCGGGGCGCUGUUCGCGCAGCUGUUGGCCACCCUGGUGCACGCACAGUGCGCGCUCGCCGACCGCAGCGCCUACCCGCCGGACACGGCGCGCCCGCUGCCCGAGUACGACUUCGUGGUGGUCGGCGCCGGGUCUGCGGGGGCGGCGGUGGCCGCCCGCCUCUCGGAGAACCCCGACUGGACGGUGCUGCUGCUCGAGGCCGGCGGCGACCCGCCGCCCACCUCCGACGUGCCCGGACUCUUCCCGCUGCUGCAGAAGACCGAGGCAGACUGGGCCUACCUGACGGAGCCGGACGGGCUGUCGUGCCUGGCGCUGAAGGGCGGCCGCUGCUCGUGGCCGCGCGGCAAGGUGCUGGGCGGCUCCAGCGUGCUCAACGCCAUGGUCUACAUCCGGGGCAGCCCGCAGGACUACGACAGCUGGGCCGCGCUCGGCAACGACGGCUGGGCCUACCGGGACGUGCUGCCGUUCUUCAAGAAGCUCGAGGACUUCGACGAGAAGGAACUGGAGAAGAGGCCGCACACCGAGUCCGUGCACGGCCGCGGCGGCCCGAUAUUCGCCACCAUGCCGGAGUUCGUCGAGCCCUACACGGACGCCCUAGUAGAGGCUGCCCGGGAGCUCGGGUUCAAGAUAAUCGAGGACUACAGCGCCGAGCCGAACUUGGGGUUCGGCCGGGUGCACUGCAACAUCAAGAACGGCACCAGGUGGAGCACGGCCCGCGGGUACCUGGCGCCGGCCAGGGACAGGAAGAACCUGCACGUCGCCAAGUUCGCCUACGUCACCAAAGUGCUCGUCGACCCGGAGACGCGGACGGCGUACGGCGUGCGGUACGUAAAAGACGGCGAGGUGAAAGAAGUCGCAGUCAAGAAGGAGGUAAUCGUAUCGGCGGGAGCCGUCGACACGCCGCACAUACUGAUGCACUCAGGAAUCGGGCCGAAAGAUCAUCUGGAGAAGUUCGGAAUACCCGUAAUAAAGGAUCUGAAGGUCGGAUACAACCUACAGGACCACCUGAUGUACACCGGGUUGUACUACACGAGAAAGCCGCCGACGAAGACGUCGCCCGAAGAGGCCGCUUUCCAGUACCUGCUGAACAGGACGGGGCCGUUGUCGACCACCAGAGUCAGCUCCUUCACCGGGUUCCUCCGGACGGACGAGGCGCCCCCCAACCGGGUGGGCCUCCCGGAGGUGGACUCGCCGACCUACCCGGACAUGCAGAUGCACUACAUCCACGUGGAGAAGGAGCUGGUGGGCGCGCUGGCGCACGACUACAACUUCGGCGAGGAGGCGGCGGCGGCGCUGGCGCGGCUGACGGAGCGCGACGACGCGCUGCUGGUGAUCCCGACGCUGCUGGCGCCGACGAGCCGCGGCCGCGUGCGCCUGGCCGGCGCCGACCCGCGCCUGCGGCCCCUCGUCGACGCCGCCUACUACGCGGACCCGCGCGACCUCGACAACCACGUGGCCGGCGUGGCGUUCGCGCACCGCAUGGGCGCGACGCGCGCGCUGCGCGACGCCGGCUUCGCCGUGCGCGACCUGCCGCUGGCGGCGUGCGCCGACCGCCGGCCCGCCACCGAGGACUACUGGCGGUGCGCGCUGCCGCACCUCACCACCACGCUGUACCACCCGGCCGGCACCGCCAAGAUGGGGCCCGCCGCAGACCCCGACGCCGUGGUCGACCCGCGGCUGCGCGUGCACGGCGUGCGAGGCCUGCGCGUGGCCGACGCCUCCGUCAUGCCGCUCGUCGUGCGCUGCAACACCAACGUGCCGUCCAUCAUGAUCGGCGAGAAGUGCGCCCACAUGGUGGCCGAGGACUGGCGGCGGCGCGACGCCGGUGCUCGCCCGCCCAAGCAGGAGCUGUAAGCCGAGGUCACCGCUUUCGGGCAAUGUCGCCCAUCUUCGGGCCCCAUUCGUAGUGGCACUGUAGCCGGUCUCCCGAGAAAACUUAGUUUCGUAUGUACAGGAUCCAGUUUGCUCCAACAGCUCACUGCGUCAGCCUAAAAGUAGUUUUUAGUCGGUUUUGCACCCCCAUUAGACAACUCUUGAGCUCAUCGCAAAUCUGCGCCUUAAAAAAUUCGAUACACAGAGAAUUAACAACAAUAAUGCCCACGGCUCGUGGCCUCGCGGUAGCGUUCUCGCUUCCCGCGCACGGGGUCCCCAGUUCGAUUCCCGGCGGCGUCAGAGAUUUUCUCUGCCUUGAAAUGACUGGGUGUUGUGUGUCUUUCAUCAUCAUUUCAUCCUCAUUCACUCGCAAAUCGCCGUAGUGGCGUUAAAGAACUUGUGGAGCGGCGGCCGAACCACCCCGCGAGGGGUCUCCCGGCGACUAAUUCCAUACGUUCAUUAUUAUUAUCAACAAUGCCACACACCCAUUACUAUUAUUAACAACAAUAAUUUCGUUUGGUUCAAUGCCGUGGAGCAAGUCUUUCAGUUGGAUGUCAUGUGUCCCUAACCUAACCCACUUACCCGACACGGUUACCUCGCUGUUUAACGUGGAUUCUCAGCUGUGUGUCGGCUGUGGAGUCUCCUCACACUGCUGAGAGGUAACGGCUACAUUAAAGGUUCACUGAAAAUUGCUGUUGCCCUACCGGGAUUCGAUUCCGCGAUUUCUCGGUUGCCAGGCAUGCUAUACAGUUAUCAUACGAUAAUAGACAUUUCAGUACUAACUCAGUCCUCAAAUGGAUGGAGCACACAACUUCUCUCCCUUAAACUAACUGAGCACUGUGGCGUGGAAACAGCAAAUCCUGUACAAUGAGACAAACACCAGGACAAAGAGAGACACUCAAACGCAUAUAUCAAUGUGAAACUGACGUUUUUUGUGUAAGGCGGUCUCUGCGUAACCACGACUAUGAUGGUGGACAGUGUCGGAAACUGGCAGUCGUGAAAUAAUAGACACCAUUCGACAGAAAAGUGUUCUUUUUUUUUUUACCUUCGCUCGGACGCUAUAGGCGACCACAGUUGUUCUAUCGCUGCACCAAAUUUCGUGGUAAACAGUGAUCGAUACACUCAGAACGUCCCUGCUAGUAGUUAACAAACGCAAGGCAUUCAAAUUUUCUGCGUGUAGUAGGUCUUUCGACAUCUGAAAAAAAUGAUAAUUAUGUGUCAUCGACAACUGCUGAUGAAAUAAGCAUUUGUGUGUAUUAUGUACUGUACCGGAGACCUAGAAACGACGGGGAGACUUCGUCCCCCCGUAGCCCUCAGUGGUUCACAACCCCACAACAGGCUACCACCCACCCCACCGCCGCCCCACACUGAACCCAGGGUUAUCAUGCGGUUCGGCCCCCAGUGGACCACCCAGGGAACGUCUCAUACCAGACGAGUGUAACCCCAAACGUUUGCGUGGUUGAGCAAUUACGGUGUACCCGUACGUGGAGACAGUGUUUGCGCAGCAUUUACUAGAAACGUAUUUAGAUUUGUGUCAAAAAUGAUGGUAGUUCUCACAUCGCUACCCAGCCUGUAUGUGUAAAGAAAAUCGUGAACUGUUGCUGCAUUCUUUGCUUAACUAUCGACAGUUAGAAGCUCUUUCCAUAUUUUGUUUUUACGUCGACUUGUAAAUAGAAAUCUGCUAUCCUCUUCCUCAGUGUGCAAAAGACACGCCACAUGGCAGCAGGGAACAGCUCUCCGCAGCCCAGGACAGAACACAGAAAUGCUAAUAUUUUUCACAUACAUCACAAUUUCAGACUGGUAUUUCACUUUACACAGGACUGUGCGCAGAUCUGAAACUACCUGGCACAUUUAAGCGGUGUGCUGGACGGACACUCGAACUUGAGACCUUCGCCUUUCGUCACAGGCAUGUGCUCUGUCGACUUACAACUCACGACCACAGCUUCACUUUACUUCCGACAGCAACGUUCGUGAAGGCAGGAAGAUAGGGUAAUGUUCGUGAAGGCAGGAAGAUAGGGCAGCAGGGGCGGCGGGGUUGAACCCGCGGCGGCAGAGCACCAGUCCUGCCGGCGGGCACACAUGUAGCCGCUGCGGUCGGUAGAGCACUUGCCCGCCGAAGGCAAAAGUCCCAGGUUCGAAUCUCCGUCUGGCAUACUGCUGUAAUCUUCCAGGAAACUUCUAUAACGCACUUAUUUUUUGUUGACCGCAUGUGAUCGCUGAAUCUCAUGCCGCUUUCACACGAUAUAUUUGUAUUUAUAAGAAUAUACGUUCCCAUAAAUGCAUUUUAACCUUGGAUAUUUCGUUUAUAUGUAUGAAGACUGUCAAUUCCAUUACUAUGUAGUGUCGAUUUAAUUUUAUUGCCAUUGUCACUACAGAAUGGUAUCUUAUAAGCGGCCAUAACAAUAUUUAUGACAAUUAUGUGAGAUAGUUCAUUGCAUAUGAUUCCACUGAUAGUUCUUCAAACGUAUCUCUUGUGUUCUCUCCAUUGCUAUACAGCUAGCCUUACGACGAUCGUUUCUCUCAAAACUGGUAGCACAUUAAAGUUUAUUUUAUCAGCGGGCCUUGGUUGUGCAUAAAUACACUUUGUUUAAAGAAAUAGGUAUUUUGUUCAGAUAGUAUUUCUUAGUUUGCAGUAUAAUUAUGAAGCAAAUUUCAGUAUAGUUUUUAUAAUUAUUCGUCACAGAUUAUUGUUUAUGACUUGCGUGUGUAAUUCCAUUCUUGUAAUAAAGAGUUGUUUAAAAAACUAAAAAA